CAUCUUUACCAAUUACCAAACCCUCUAACCCAAAAUGGCAACUCACCUCCCGCAUUCUCUCUCCCCAACAACUCUGUUCCGUAUAAAAACCCACUUGAAAAAAAACACCUUCCCAUUCUCUCUCCACACUUCUAUGAUCCUCAAAAGACUACUGUUCCAUCCAUCUCUUCGCCACUUCAUCUCUCAUAAUCACCACCAUCAUCAGCUCAUUACUCGGGCGAGAAAUCAGUCACUUUCUUGGCCCUUCUUGGUCAUAUCUCGACGACCCAUUCACUCCCACAAGGUCUUUGCCAUGGCUGAACAGUCCCAGAAGCCGGUUUCAGUGACUACCCACAAGCAUACUAAUCGUCUGGCCGCGGAGCACAGUCCCUACCUUCUUCAACAUGCUCAUAACCCGGUGAAUUGGUAUCCAUGGGGUGAAGAAGCAUUCAAAGAAGCUCGCAGCAGAGACGUUCCGAUCUUCUUAUCAAUUGGAUACAGCACCUGCCACUGGUGUCAUGUAAUGGAGGUGGAAUCCUUUGAGGAUGAAGGGGUUGCAAAAUUGCUGAAUGAUUGGUUUGUUAGUAUCAAGGUAGAUCGAGAAGAACGGCCAGAUGUUGAUAAGGUGUACAUGACUUAUGUGCAGGCUUUAUAUGGUGGCGGAGGUUGGCCACUGAGCGUCUUCCUUUCACCAGAUCUGAAGCCCCUGAUGGGAGGAACUUAUUUUCCCCCAGAUGAUAACUACGGAAGACCAGGGUUUAAAACUGUACUUAGGAAGGUGAAGGAGGCUUGGGAGAAUAAGAGGGAUGUUCUUGUUAAGAGUGGAGCUUUUGCUAUUGAACAACUAUCGGAAGCAUUAUCUGCUAGUGCAAAUUCUAAUAGUCUACCAGAUGGACUUCCACAGAAAGCGCUGGAACUAUGCGCCGAGCAGCUGGCUGGAUCCUAUGAUUCCAAGUUCGGUGGGUUUGGUUCUGCACCCAAGUUCCCUAGACCAGUUGAGAUUCAACUAAUGCUGUAUCAUUCAAAGAAGUUAGAGGAAGCUGGGAACUUGGGUAAAGCAAAAGAAGACUUAGAGAUGGUUUUAUAUAGUUUGCAAUGCAUGGCAAGGGGAGGCGUCCAUGAUCACAUUGGAGGGGGUUUUCACAGAUACAGCGUGGAUGAGUGCUGGCAUGUUCCGCAUUUUGAGAAAAUGUUGUAUGACCAGGGGCAGCUUGCUAAUGUUUAUUUAGAUGCCUUUUCCAUUACCAAAGAUCUCUACUACUCAAAUGUGUCUCGCGAUAUUCUUGAUUAUUUGAGAAGAGACAUGAUUGGGCCCAGUGGAGAGAUCUUUUCAGCAGAAGAUGCUGACAGUGCAGAGGCUGAAGGCGCUACAAGAAAAAAAGAAGGUGCCUUCUACGUUUGGACCAGCCGUGAGGUGGAAGAUACAGUUGGAGAGCAUGCAACCCUUUUUAAGGAGCAUUACUAUGUUAAACCAUCAGGGAAUUGUGACCUCUCUAGAAUGAGUGAUCCUCAUAAUGAAUUCGAGGGGAAAAAUGUACUCAUAGAGAGGAAUAGUACUGAUGCAAUGGCUUCGAAAUUCAGCAUGCCUAUUGAGAAGUACGUAGAUGCUCUGGGUACAUGUAGGAGGGAACUUUUUUCUGUUCGAUCAACACGACCACGGCCACAUUUGGAUGAUAAGGUAAUUGUAUCAUGGAAUGGACUUGCAAUUUCUGCUUUCGCAAGAGCUUCUAAAAUCCUGAAGGGUGAACCUGAUGAGACUGAAUUCAACUUCCCUGUUGCUGGCUCUGAUCCAAAGGAAUACAUGCAAGUGGCAGAAAAGGCUGCUUCAUUUAUCAGAAAGCACCUUUACAACCAGCAAGCACGUAGGCUGCAACACAGCUUUAGGAAUGGCCCAUCUAAAGCGCCUGGAUUUCUGGAUGAUUAUGCUUUUCUAAUAUCGGGGUUGCUGGAUAUUUAUGAAUAUGGUGGUGAAAUAUUUUGGCUCGUUUGGGCAAUUGAACUACAAGAAAUCCAGGAUGAGUUGUUUCUUGAUAGGAGUGGAGGUGGGUAUUUCAAUACCCCUGGGGAAGAUCCUUCAGUUCUACUCAGAGUAAAAGAAGAUCAUGAUGGGGCGGAACCUUCAGGAAACUCGGUCUCCGUGAUCAAUCUGGUUAGAUUGGCCUCUAUGGUUUCUGGUGAUAGGUCUGAUCAUUGCAGACAAACUGCUGAGCAUCUGCUGGCAGUUUUUGAGAAGAGAUUGGAAGAAAUGGCUGUGGCUGUGCCUUUAAUGUGCUGUGCUGCGGACAUGCUUUCUGUUCCUUCCCGUAAGCAAGUCGUCUUGGUUGGACCCAAGUCCUCCUUAGAGUUCGAAAACAUGCUUGCGGCUGCUCAUUCAUCAUAUGAUCCUAACAAAACUGUCAUCCACAUAGACCCCGCCAAUGAAGAAGAGUUGCAAUUUUGGGAAGAAAAUAACGGUCACAUUACCGCCAUGGCAAGGAAUACUUUUGCUGUUGGCAAGGUGGUAGCUCUCGUCUGUCAAAAUUUCACUUGCAGCCCUGCAGUUACUGAUCCCAAAUCUCUUGAAGCUCUCCUCUCCAAGAAACCUUCCACUUCCUCGUAAUUUCCCUCCCCCCCCCCAAAAAAAAAAAAACCUACCAAAACAUACAGCUGUACAUGGAAGCAAGUUCAACUCCUGUAAGAAGUUAGGUGUUGUGUUAUGUGCCGAGCGAAAAAAAAGGUGUUACGUGCUGUUAAAACUCAGUGAUGAUUUGGUAUGCACCAGAGACCAGUUUGCUCCCUCGGAAUUGGUUUAGUACUGGGUUUUCGGAUUCCAACUGGUCUGAUGGUGUUUUCAGUAGUAUAUGGAGGUGAAUAUGCUUGCUUUUUGUAUCCGAAUAAGUUUCAAUAAUCAGUUGGGUUCCAUGGCCAGAAA